UCUAGAUCUCAAUAGAUUGAUGAGCGACUAAGAACUAGCCCAGAAAUUGGGACUAUUUAAGUAAUUGGUUGAACAAUCAGACUUUAUUGGUCAAUCAAAGAUAUUAAAGUAAAUUAAAAUGUUGGAUAAAUUGUUCAAAUGCAAACCCUCGGAAAUAUUUAAAUUGUUAUCAAUUUUACGAGUUGAUUUGUAUGUUACCUUGUAUUAUAUUGGUUUUAGUAUACCGAUGGUCAUCUUAUCGCAAUUGGUUCAAGACAAAUAUUGUAUCAAUACCCUUGGAGUCGAAGUAUCAAAAUGUGUUCGUCUCGAAUCACUUGGACCUGAAUUCGAAGAUAUUAAAAAUAGCGUUUUGACCUAUUCAACGACCUUCGCAGUCUAUGAUAGAUUAACAACAGCAUCGCCCGGAAUUAUUUUAUCGCUUUUCUUUGGUCACUGGGUUGACACUUAUCCGAAUCACAUUAAAUAUCUCUUAGCUUUACCUGCUUUAGGUGGAUGUUUAUCCUUAGUAACUACAAUUUUAAAUGUUUAUUACUUUAAAGCUCAUAUAAAUCAUUUAUUGUGGAGGUCAAUUCCAUAUGCGUUGACUGGUGGUGCAUUAAUAGUAAUGUCGGGAUCUUAUACUUACGUAGCUCGAACCACUCAACCUAAAUAUCGAGCAGUUAGAUUUGCCGUUCUCGAUUUGGCCUUAUUUCUUGCGAGUCCCGUGGCAACUGCAGUUACCGGUAAAUUGUUGACAAUUAAGCCUUGGUUACCUGAUCAGCCAAGAAACUAUCUGAUUGUUUUGUUUGUGAGUUUUGUAUGUUACUUAAUUGGAUUAAUUUGGAUUCUGGUUUUUGUCAAUGACCAAUUUGAAUCAGCCAAAGAUUCAAGUGACAAUGUAUAGAG